AAUAAGUCCCACCAUCUCCGUCAUCUCCUAUCGAUGUAUUAGACGAAGUCACGGUAACUGUCCGAUUAUGUGAGGAUAAAAUGAUAAUUCCCCAAGUCGAUUUUCUGACUUACCCGUGGUACACUCCGCCACCUGACUGUAAACAAAGUAUUCUUCAGGAUUUGAUCUACCAAAAAACAGAGACGCGGCAAUGGCACACACAGUUUCCGAAAUCACAGACUUGCGAAUCUACCCUAUCAAGUCCUGUCGCGGAAUCUCAGUUAAAUCGGCCAAACUCACGCGAGAAGGGUUGGAGCUUGAUAGAAGAUGGAUGUUCAUCGACAGUAGCCAUAAAUUCGUCACCAUUCGGUCAAAGCCGCAAAUGACCCUGAUCAACACAUCCAUUGACCAUGAAACGGACAGCCUAGUCAUCCAAAUCGGCCAUAACCGCGACAAACAAGUCAAAGUCCCUAUUCAUCCAACCCAGCAAUGGCUCGAGGCAAAUACCAAUUUGGUGUCCGUCGACAUAUGGGAGUACAUCACCGACGCUUAUGCCUAUGCCAGUCCAGAAAUUAAGGGUUUAUUCUCCGAUUUCUUUGGCGAACCAGUCGACUUGGUUGUGAAGGGCCCGGAGCCUAGAAUUUGUCGCGGUAACGGCGAUCCAUCCAUCUUGGGACGGGUAGAGAAAGUCAACUUCCCAGACAUGCUCCCUGUGCAAAUCGCGUCCGAAUCCUCACUGAAGGAAUUGAAUGGAAGGUUGAAGGAAUUGGGUAAGAAAGAAAUCACAAUCGAGCGCUUCCGGCCAAACAUUAUAAUCAAGGGUGGUGAGCCAUGGUCCGAGGACUCCUGGAAAACAGUCCGCAUCAACGGCGAUAAUUCCCUGCUUACUUCAAUCACUGGUGGGAACCGAAAUGCCAUCGACCUCGAUGUAGCCGCCAGGUGUGCGCGAUGUACAGUUCCGAACGUUGAUCCAGAUACCGCAGAGAAAGAUCCGCACCAACCCUGGGAUGUUUUGGUGAGCUAUCGAAGGGUUGACCCAGGCAUCAAAUACAAGCCCUGUUUCGGUAUGCUCUGUUGUCCUCGGAACGAAGGUAAUAUUGAGGUUGGUAUGCGCUUCGAGGUAACGGACGUUACCUCGAACCAUCGUUUCAUCAAACCUUUCUGAGUUCUUAGGGUGCAGGACUUCUCAAGCUCGUCUUGGGCAUUCUGUUAGUAUCACCAGCUGCGGUGGCAACCGACGCUGCCACGUAUAUCAUGAUAUGAUGGGGAAUGCAAAGCAUUUUUCAAGCACCUGGGAGCCCAAAACAAGGAGCUAGGAUUGACUCAUGUCCGCGCUCAAGUUAUUUCUCAAACUUGUGCAAGAGUCGAAUUGAGGCACACCAUGUGGGAAAUCCUCUGAAAUUGAAUGGCAGCGCCAACAGCAACUGCACGGUAUGCAUAGUGUCAAUCAGUGCCAGUGGUACAUAGCAAGGCAGUCAAUGCUCCGGGUAACGUUUGCGGCGAGCCGGCUGUUUUGACGGCGGCUAUCAGGGAGCUCGGACGAAGCACGGGUCGUGUUGAUCACGUCCCUGCCAUGGGAAGCCGAGGGAGGCCCAGCACAGUGCAGCAGCCAGUUCUGAGAGGUAAAUAAUAUGAUGCAACUUCUCUAUCUUCAAGUGUUUUUGU